AUGGCCGAGCUAGCUAACCCCAACCCCACCGUGUUCGAGCCCACGCAUGACCCGCUCAAAGGCCGCACCGAUGCGGAGCGCGCGGCCGAGGAUGAUGAGGACGCGGAGGACCCCAUCGACGCAUGGGAGGUGUUCGAGAUGAUUCGCCGCAUUCGCGAUCCUGAGCACCCCAACUCGCUCGAACAGCUGAAAGUCGUCGAACCCUCGCUCAUCACCGUCGACUGGAAGAAGCGGCACAUCCGUGUUCUUUUUACUCCGACGGUGCCGCACUGCAGCCUGACCACGCUGAUUGGUCUGAGCAUCCGUCUGCAGCUCGAGCGAUCACUACCCGAGUACACGAAGGUCGACAUCUACGUCACCCCCGGCACCCAUGAGCAGGAGGAGCAGGUGAACAAGCAGCUCAACGACAAGGAGCGGGUGGCGGCCGCGCUGGAGAACCGCAAUCUGCUGAACGUGGUGGAGUCGUGCAUAAACGAGUUUGAUGAGUGA